UAAACAGAGCUGAGACGCCAUUACAGGGAGUCAGAUCUCUGCUAAGAACACACGUUUGGAGGAUUUUAAUCAGAAAAUUCAAGAGACACUAAUUUGGUGAGUUAAAAAUACUUAAAGAUCAAAUGGCUGAGAGACCUCUUCUUGAAAACUAUCUGAGCUGCCAUGUGUGUUCAGAGACUUUCAGAGAUCCUGUGUCUCUGAGCUGCAACCACAGCUUCUGUUCAAGCUGCCUGCAGAAAUUCUGGGAACAAACUAAAAACAAAAACUGUCCCAUUUGUAAAAGAAAAUCUUCAAAGGAGCAUCCACUUGUGAACUUUGCUCUGAAAGAACUUGCUGAUUCAUUUGCUGGGAGACAGAAAUCUGGAUAAUCUGAGACAGAAAAAGGAAAGAAGAAAUUAACAGUGGUGUGCAGUAAACAUGAGGAAGAGCCAAAACUGUUCUGUGUGGACGAGCACAGAGCUGUGUGUCCUGUGUGUGAGUUUUCUCACCACCAGAGUCACAAAGUGGUUCCUGCAGAAGAAGCAGUCAGUGACCUGAAGGAGCAGCUGAAAUCUGACUUAAAGUCUCUGCAGGACAAGAGGAACAAAUACAAACAAGUGGAGGAAACAUACAAUAAAGUGAUUCAACACUCCAAGAAGCAGCUGUUGUCCACAGAGAGGCAGAUCAGAGCAGAUAUCAACCUGUCCUUCAGAGUGUGGGAGAAGAUGAAGGAGAAGGUCCACUUCAGUCCUGUCAUUCUGGACCCAAACACUGCAAACUGUUGUCUCUAUCUGUCUGAUGAUCUGACCAGUAUCAGACAAGGAGACUCAAAACAGCAGCUUCCUGAUAAUCCAGAGAGAUACACUAAGUAUCAUACUCUUUUUGGCUCUGAGGGCUUCAAGUCAGGGAAACACAGCUGGGAGGUGGAGGUGGGAGACCAUCCUACCUGGAUUAUAGGUUUAGUUAAAGAGUCAGUUGACAAAAAUGAGCGUUUUGUUUCACCAAAAGAUGGAUUCUGGUGUUUAACACAUGAAAGUGGAGAAUACACUAAUGGUGAUGGUCAGACUGUGACAGUGAAGAAGAGUCUCCAGAGGAUCAGAGUCCAGCUGGACUAUGACAGGGGGGAGGUGUCCUUCUAUGACCCUGAAGACAUGACUCACAUCUACACUCACAGAGACACUUUCACUGAGAAACUCUUCCCAUAUUUCAAUGUUGGAAAGGCAGGAGAUUCCAAAACCUCUGAUAUCAAAAUUUGUCCGACUAACAUUUCAUUGUAA